ACAUAAUCUAUCCCCCGCAUGAAAAGUCUAGACAACUUUAGUAUAAAAGGGGUGUGUCUGGACUAUUUCUGCAUCAGUUUAAACCCAGCUAUCAUUUGUGUAAGCAUCGUUUGAUAAAAUCAAUCUUUAUCUCUCAUACCAUGAAUAUCCUGGCAAUCAUCAUGCUCUUCGCUCUGGCUUCGCCUAUUUUUGGUGAGGAUGCUGUAGAGCCGAAAAAACAAGAAAAACGUGGAGUUAUUGGUCUAGGAUAUCCGGGAUACUCUGGACAUUAUGUUGGUGGUCAUUCUUAUGGAUACAACGGACUUGGACAUGGUUACGUACAUUCUCCUUACUACCCAGCGUUGAGUCACGGAGCAGUGUCACCAUUAUUAAGUCACUCAGCUUAUACAGCUCCUGUAGCACCCGUUGCACCUGUAGCUCCCGUUCACGGCUACAACGGCUACCAUUCACCUUUGUACACUUCUCCUCUUCGUCUUGGUUACCACGGCUUAGGGCACGGUUUGGGAUACUACAACAACUGGUAAUUGGUUCCACGUUCUUUUGGUCAGAAGA